ACUACUUGCUGAAAUCGAGAGAUGUAUUUUUGCCCGACGUGUGGGUGUCUGUUGUUGGUGGAGACGGGAACUGGAUAUCUGCGCUUCUUCUGUAGCACAUGCCCCUAUGUUGCCGACGUCACCGGCAUCGUUUCCUCUCGUCUUGACCUGAAGCGUAAAGAGGUGGAAGAUGUGCUGGGAGGUGCUGCCCAGUGGGAGAAUGCGCCGAAGACGGCUGCUCGUUGUCCUUACUGCGAGCACGAGGUUGCCUACUUCCAGCAGAUCCAGAUUCGGUCUGCUGAUGAGCCUAUGACCACCUUCUACCGUUGUGCCAAUUGCGAAAAGAUUUGGAGUGAUAACAACUAGUCUUUUACUUUUCUGUGUACUAUGAACAAA